UCCAGCAAGUUUACUCAGAAGCAAGUUCCAUUGAUUCCAACGAUGAUGACUGCCUUGGAUUGGCAGGCCAGGCUUGAAAGAAACUAUCUUGCUUCAGCUUUCUUAACAAUGUUGCUGGGGAUAAAGAUUUCAGGGGGUGAUACACUGGAGAUCAUUUACCCAACAAAAUUUCUUCACCUGCAAGAAGGCGAUUCUCUAAUCUUGAAUUGUACAGUUGUGUUUCGGCAGGGCCCAUCUGAUGGUCUGGAUGCACACUGGUGUAAGCAAGCUGCAGAGUCAUCUAUCUGUGCUAAAAUAGGCGUAACUCUAGAAAAAGUGGUAUCCAAGGAGUUAUCAGAUUUUGAGGGGGUUGAGCACUUGACUGUGUUGCUACGCAUACCUCAAGUCAAUGUGUCAGACAGUGGUAAUUACCAGUGUCGGGCACAAACAAAAGCUCUUGACUUCACAGCGAUGGGCCACUACAUUAGAGUUAAUGUAUCAGCCACCCAGACAUCAGUAAAUACUUCUAGUAAAUCCUACGACAUGCAAAGGUACAAAGCACUGGGGAUGGACUUCCAAAUGUUGAAGACAUGCGUACUGAUUCUAGCUUUGGUGGCUAUCAUGUUGCCAAUCUAUAGAUAAGAUUUGCAACUGUUCUGUAUGACUGCUAAACUGUAUAGAUGGUUGACUGUUUAAUAACACAGUGUAGUUUUAUUGCCCCCUCUUGGUGAAUACUUAAGUAGCAUUAAAAAUGACUCUGGCAUAUCCUAAGUUAAUAAUUACUAGAAACAAAAGUGUGAUUUUAUAUAUAUACUGUGCAAAAUUCAGACACAAUUAAUUUGGUAUCCCAUGUUUCAACAUUUCCCCUCAGGGGGGAAACUGAAACAAUUUUUGGAAAAAAAAUGGGAUGUAAAAGGAGAACUGUGGCAGUUUGAGAAUUUUUAAAGAAAAAUAAGGAUAAGAGAGAGAGAGAGGGGAUCUUACCAUAUAGGGGAAAUGUAACUAUAAUCUAAGCUAGUAUAAGGGUUAGGGGAAUUCUUUUUCAGAGUAUAUGAAUAAGAGUAUAGUUAAAUAAAUAUAUUAAUGGGGUAUACUAUAUAUACUAUAAAUGAUAUAUUACGUUAGUGGAUCAGAUUGUAUAUUAUAUAAUGACUAUGUAAUAUGGUGUUGUGUGCGGUGCCACAUUGGUGGCAUGGCACACAGUAGGGGUUUUAUAAUACAUAUUAUAUUGAUAGUAGUAUAUUUGACAGAAUAUAUGUCUAAAAGAAAUAGAAUAUGUUUAAACUAAGAUUUUUGUUAUAUAUUAUACUAUAUCAUACUGGUCUGCUAUAUUGAGGGGUAUAAGAUGUAUACUAUAUUGAUAGUAUAACUGAUAGAUGUAUACUAUAUUGAUAGUAUAUUUGAUAUAUAUGAUAGAAUAUCUGGAAAAAAAUUAGAAUGUGCUUAGAGUAAGGGAUUGCAUUAAGUAAUAAGAGGGG